AUUAUCAGGAUUGCCUUAACGUAUGCUUUAGAGUCAUGUUACUCAUACGGAUGAUAUUAUUUAUAUUCCCGAUUACAACACUAGAUUUUUCACAAGAUUGGUCAUUUUUUCAACAAUUACCGGAUUCUAUCGUAUGGAAAACGUCUUCAAUCACAGAACUUCUUUAUACACAAACAAGUUUAAACUUGGCAAAAUGUGCCUUGCUCUGCAAGGUUAACCUGUAUUGUAAGGCAUUUUACUUUUAUCAAGAAGCAUGUUUUGGAUUAUCGUCAAUAACAGCGGAUUCUUCGACAAAUGCUUUUGUCAGGGUUUAUGUAAAACAACCAGUAGAAGAGUGUCAUGGCGAUGGUUUUGUUUACUAUAAUGGUCUAUGUUUGAUGAUUAGCACAAUACAGUUGACUUGGUAUGACGCCAAAGACUACUGCGAGAAGAGACAUGGUUACCUACUUGUCUUGGAUUCAGAGAAGAAACACGAUGACAUGGUUUACUUUUAUGACCUACACUAUCCGGAUGCAAAUGACCAAUUCUUCGUGGGAGCAACUGAUGAGGAGAAUGAAGGAGUUUGGAAAUGGAUAAUAACAAAUUCAUCAAGUUAUUUCAGAUUCACCGGUAAUCAACCAAACAACAAAGAUCAACAAUUUCCUGAUAACCAAGCAAACUGUGCAGCCCUUUCAACUUCCAGAUUAAUAGAUGAAUACUGUCUCCAGCUUAAAAAAUUCAUCUGUGAAAUGUAGUUAUUCCUGUUUUGGACAUAAUCCAUUUAUCAUUUGAAAUAUUAUUCGAUUAAUGGGGAACAACUUUUCCAACUUUACGAUGGGAAUAAAAAGUGUACACUAAUCCUUGCAGACAUUUCUCUGUUUGUAUGAAGCAGGGGGGACAAGGGGAUAAUACGUUAAGAAUUGUAAAGACAACAUUUAACAUAUCUAUAAUAUUAGCCUCCGCUAUAUGGACAGCCUAACAUUCCUAAAUACUGUUCAAUUACCAUUGCGUGAGGUAUACUUUAAUCCAACAUCAGCAUUAUAUAUGCCGAUUAAAAUAGACAAUGGUUGGACGCAAAAUUUACGCGCCUGCACUGAAGUUGUGAAAAGGAUUUAUAAUUUGGAAUGAUAUGUGAUAUGUUUAGAUAGCUAUCAAAUUGCCUCGUUGUGUUGUUAUAAAAAAGUUUUCAUGUGUUUCUAUCUUCAUUAUUUGUUUAAGCAUCUGUUACAAGAUCGGUCAUUUAUCGA